AUGACUUCCUGCGCCAAACAACUCUCCAGAUGCAAAAAAAGAAGGGAUUCGCUGGUGGUCACCCACCCAACUACUAACCUCCCGGCGUGUGGCUUAAGUACGGCUGAGCGGACGGGAAGCCCUGUUCUCCACACCCUAUGGUCGUAUGUGUUUGAUAUCAUGCUCUGGGUGGAAAGGGACGAUCGGCUACAUAACGAGCAUCCGGACGGCUUUACAUCCUUCGGGGUGCCGGCCAAAGGGGAGAAGGACAUGCUCGCAGGUGUUGUCGUCUCCCUGCACGCGCAGAUGUCUCGAAUGGAUCACCUAAAAAAAAAGGAUCUGGUUGGAAGCCUUACCAUGCAAAACGGCCAGCUGUUCUUCGCCACGCUCCUCGUCCGGAUUGGAGCGGAUAAGGGAAGAAAGCAAUAUGAGGAAACUGGAUUAAGCGAUAAUUAUCCCCAGUCGCCCAAGUGGAAUACCCCGGCAAUGGUCGAGGCGAGCAGCAUCAUGGCCACACCAUCAUCGCCAGAAAGCCUUCCUGAAGAACCUUGCUCUAUAUGUUUGGACCUCAUUUCCGACAAGAGGAUUUUCGGGUACAUCAGGAACGACCCGGAUAGUAGGUUGCCCGACUUCACACUAGAAGACUGUGAUUCUAUAUUUCACAAGCGGAGACCUUCUUGUGCCAGAUACGAGGAAAGUCUCUGCAAAUCCUGUGCACACCUUAGAAUUGAGUGUUUGGAACAGAUAUCCGUGAAUAAUUUCGACAAAUCCUGGCCCACUUAUCCGAACCCCCACAACGAAUUUCGAUAUGACUGGAAUAUUGCAAUUGUGCUCGACCGUAUUUGGGAGAUACAGGCCCGAAAGGAAAGCUGCUUCUUAUGUGCACGAAUUACGGAAUUACUCACUUUGGAGGGUGGCACCGACAUAAGCCAGGUUGUUCAUGUUGAUGUACAAUUGGAUAAACACGACCACAUCUAUUUAUCUGUACGAGAGCAAGGUCAAAAAUACCCAUGCGCAAGACUUUAUGGAAACUUUGAUUCUUCAACAGAAGCAAAAAUGCCAGAUUUCACAACUGAAUAUAGCGUGAGCGAAAUUGACUGGCUGACAGUCAAGAAAUGGAUUGAAGAAAGUCUAGAAAGCGCCCAAAAAAGCUCAAAAAGCAUCGGCUUGUGCAAGCCUCCAGAUGGCUUUCGUUUGAUUGAUAUCCGGGAGCUCUGCGUUGUCCUUGCCCCGACACCCUGCGAAUAUGCAUGUCUCAGCUAUGUUUGGGGAACAAACACAUCGUGUCAAGCGACCUCGGAGAAUAUCUCUGACUUGGAACAAUCAAGGAGCCUCGAACGAGACGAUCUACCGCAAACCAUACGAGAUGCUAUCGAAGUUUGCAGCAACCUUGGCAGCCGAUAUCUUUGGGUUGAUAGACUUUGCAUCAUACAGAAUGAGGAAAGCUCGUCCAAGAAAACUCAGAUUGACGCUAUGUGCGAUAUAUAUAGAGGUGGCCUCUUUACUAUAGUUGCUUUGGAAGGCUCUCACUCAGGCCACGGUCUGCAUGGUGUCUCGCCCGAAUUGGGGCGUUCAAGAUAUCCUCGAUUCCGUAUUGGCGACCAGCUAUUUGAGGCGUUUCCUGACAGUUUCGAUGGAUCCUGUAACAGGUCAAAGUGGCAAACCCGCGGCUGGACAUGCCAGGAACGCAUAAUGUCUCCCCGGUUGCUUUUCUUCACCAAGAACGGGCUUUAUUACCAAAGCGAGACUGAUCCCGAAAUCAAGACAGAUAUUCAAGAGUGGGCGGCUGGUAUCCGUCACCGAGGAGGAAAUGCCAAAUACUUCGAUUACCCUCUCCUGGUUGCGGAAAUUAGCAAUAGACAGUUCAGCGUCGAGGAGGAUAUUGUCAAUGGACUUGCUGGUGCUCUGGACUUUUUUGUGGGAAAGGGAAACCAUCAAUUCUCAAUGUCUUUGAUACAUUUCGAUGAGGCAAUUACUUGGAGGGUUUAUGGCCAAAGCCGAGGCCGCACUGUGUUUCCUUCAUGGUCCUGGGUGUCCGUCAAGGAGAGUCCAGAAUUCGAAUCUGAGUCGAAACUUCUUCCUAUUGCAUCCUGGGCUGUCAUUGAUAGCGCAACAGUCAGUGAACUUCGCUGGCUGAAGGCUGGCAAUGAAAUUCCUUUGGAGGAAGAGGCAAUUGUAACUGGAACUUUUCUAUGGAGGCAUGGAUGCAUGAGAUCGGAAUUUCCGCAUGAAUUUAGGAGUCUAAUGGGCCGUGAUGAGUACAUGCAACUAUUCAGGUACAGGUUCCCAACGAACAAGGCAUUCAACGAAGCUUGUGGUGUUUGGCCAGGUGGAGAACAGAAAAAUUCGGAAUUGCUUGAAAAGUUUACCCAACAGCAGAUAGAAGCUGGUGGACAGCCUAUGUCUAUCCUGGCUCACUCGCAGACGAUUGUGCUGCCCUUGGUAGGACGACCAGAUCAACCUGUACGUUUUAUGUUCCAAUACGAGGGUCUAUUUUUCGGCUACAUGGCGUUUGAUCCGAGAUCGAAGCAUUACACCGCAUUGGAAGCGGUGAAACCCUGCACAAGGAUUACUGGAGUGGAAUUUCUAGCCCUUUCAGCCUCAUGGUACUCGAACUGGAACUUGUGUUACUAUUAUAGAGACGACAAAGGCUACCUGAAACCAGUCGACAAACUUGAUCAACUCAGUGGACGCAAACCCACAGAUCUUCCUUUUUACCCGACAAAGAACAAUGAGGCUAUUCUCGAGGAAAUCCAUGUGAACGUUCUUGCCAUCAGAACAACCAAUGAUGGGAUCUCGCAUCGAUUAGGCUCCGGUUUUAUUCCUCUUAUUGUCUGGUUGACGAUCCUCAAACCUACAUUCAAAUCAAUUGUCCUUCAAUAAAAGACGAUUUGUCCGGCCAAGGUUUGUAUCAGACGGGGCAUUUGACACCUUCAUACCACCACGGCCGCCGGAUUCCGACUCUUGUCUUUCCCUGAUAUUGUUGUUUUUUGUUGCUUCGUGUGUCAGCGGAGUUGCUGCCGAGGUCGAUGCCUCCAGUCAUCUCUCUCUUCCCAAAUCCCUCUUCCUUCUCGAGGGCUUGUUGAGCAGAUCACCUCACUGCCAGUCUAAUGCUCCUCCGGGCUGAUAUCUUUGCUG